GACAAACACAUGAAGAUGACGAUUACUACACCUUCUUAGUAAAGAAAACACAUGACUCCCUUUACCACAAUAUUACGUCAACAAAAAUGUUCAACAUGAUGGCCGCCAACAACAUGAACAUGCAACAUUUUUCUGCGCAUCUGUCUGCAGGUCAGCAGGCCUUCAAAGCCGCUAUUAUUCGCGAGGCUUCGGUGUCGGGAGGUCAUGAUUAUGUUGUAUCUUUCAUCUUGCGCCUUGUCCUUGAAUUUUAUAACAUUCGACCAAAAUGUAACUUUCGACGGGUCAAAAGGUGCAGGGUUCGAGUCUAUAUGUAUUUAACAGCAACAAGAAUAUGGAGGUGCUUUACUUGGCUUACCUAGCAGAAGAAGCUCUGGUGCUUCACAACAUGGCUUACUUACUAGAAGAAAUAACUGAAACUUUUUUAAGCGUAUUUAGAUAGAGUAUAAGUCGCUUCAGUGGAUUCAUUGCAAGCAAGCUAUUUUGGUUGUGUUAAACGAGCGGCUCUUAGGCUAGAUGAAAGUAGAAGGAUCUUCACCGACCACAUGAAGAACUACACAACUGUUCUUGAUUACAACUUCAGUAGCCGUCGAAGUCUGCCACAUCGGAUGGUAGAUCCCAACCUAACCUAACCUAAGCCACAACUGUUACAUGUUGAUUACAACUAAGCAUAGCCAUAAGCUACAUUCUAAAUCGGUUUCACAGUGGGCAACGCUGGUUUGCUGCCAGAGCGACCGAGGGAUAAUUCAACGAAGCCGUUAACAGGUUGGAUCUCGCGGAAUGUUCCGGAGGUUCGGGUGCAGGGGGGGCGAAUUGAACUGAGUCCCUACUUUUUUUAAGGCUCCUCCUUCUAAGAUAAAAAAGACGAGUUCUUAGGCACAUACCUCUUGUUAGGCACAUUCAUUCAUUCAUUCAUUCAUUCGUGGUAACCUUUUUUCCCCAAGACCAAUCAUGAGAGAGACAACAGCGACGUAAGCAUGUGUGGUAUGAUUCAAUUGUUCAGCUAUGAUGUGAUUUUUAUUUUGAGGGGAAAAAGGAAGUAAGUUCAAUUUGUUCAACCACAGAAAUGUGAUUUUUAUUUUGAGGGGAAAAAGGAAGUAAUUUCAAUUUGUUCCACCACAGAAAUUUUAGGUCGUAAAGAGAUAAGUAGUAAAAGGAUCGGUUGAAGAAGAAAGGGAGACACAACUUUAAGUCCAGCAACGUGGCGAUGUGGUGAAAAUUCAGAAUCACCAAAAUCUGAAUCAGGGUGAUGGGCCAAUAUUUGGAGAGGUACGAAAGACGGGGCUGGGACUUGGUGGAGACGUUGAGGUCUUGCAAGAUGACGUUAUGACUUGGAUUCUAGCGUCGACACGGCUAAAAAAUUCACCAGAUCACGACCGUUAAAGAAGAUUACGUAGUUGUGCCACUAGUUGAGCAGACUCCUGGUAGAUAACAUUGUGUAGUCUACUCCUAGUAGUCGUAAGCAGAUUGUUAAACUUACAGAAGGUUACGUAAAAAUCUAAUGAGGGAGUGCUGCGCAAUUACCAUUCUGUACUUCUGAAAAAAGAGGCGCGACCACCACUGCGCUUCAAAAUCGGGACGACGGUGCAGGUCAAAAUUCCCGAUACCAAUGAAGAAUGGGCAACUGGCAAAGUCACUUCAAGCCGCCGCUUUAGUUAAGCCACGAGAUGAACUGGAUGUUUGUAUCUAUAGAUGUAGGGCAUGCGUCCAGCGACGUGUUAUAGACUAAGUCAAAGUCAAAGACUAUGACUAGCAUCAAUUGAUUAAGUAUCCUGAUCAUGAACAUGAUUACCCACAGGCUUUCUUUGUCUUUCAUCGCUGGUACUAUCUAGGGUAUAAUAUACAUAGGACCACCCACGGUUACUAGGGUCAACAAGUCUUCUUCUCGCGAUCGCCUUGCAGUCAACAUUUCUGCACCUAGUACCAGUUCUAAGCAAAGGGAGACGAUGAUCGCAUGCAUAGUUACAGCGUUCGGCUAGAACGAUCUUUUAGGAAACAGGACGCUCCGUCACACCAUGGGAGACGUGGUGCAGAGCCUACAUAUGUGACAGGAGUUGAGGUCUAUCGUGACGAUGAUACGGAGAUCGUGAAACACGUGGUGUUGGAGACGGGAAGUGUGAUUCGUUUCGCCUCACAGGAACUAGCCGAAAUUAUAUCUGUGACAAAACAGAAUUGGGGGACUCACAUGAACAUCCUCUUCGACAUCCAGUUUGACAAUGGACGAUAUUUG